AUGAGCGACACCACGACGUGCCAUGCUAACAGCAAGCGCUUGUUCCUCUCACGCACAGAAAGCGAGAUUCCCGUGUCGAAGCAGUCCUUCCCGGGCAAGGACCGCGACAUGCCCGCGCCGACGCCCACGCGCGACCAGCUCCCCACGGCGGGCGGCGGCAAGGAGACGUACCGGGCGGCGGGCAAGCUGCAGGGCAAGCGGGCGCUCAUCACGGGCGGCGACAGCGGCAUCGGCGCGGCGACGGCGGUGCUCUUCGCGCGCGAGGGCGCCGACUCGGCCAUCGCGUACCUCCCCGAGGAGGAGGACGACGCGCGCGACACGCGCCGUCAGGUCGAGGAGCUGGGCGCAAAGUGCCACCUCGUCGCCGUGGACCUGACGCGGCGGGAGGACUGCCAAAAGGUGGUCGACUUUGCGGUGGAGAAGAUGGGCGGCAUUGAUAUUCUGUUUAACAACGCGGCGUACCAGAUGAUGGUCGAGGACAUUGCAGACCUGUCGGAGGAGCAGUGGGUGCACACCUUCAACACCAACAUCCACUCCUUCUUCUACGUCUCCAAGUACGCGCUCAAGCACAUGAAGUCCGGCUCCACCAUCAUCAACAACGCCUCCAUCAACGCCUACAUCGGCCGACCGGAUCUCCUCGACUACACCUCGACAAAGGGCGCCGUCGUCUCGUUCACACGCGGCCUGAGCAACCAGUACCUCAGCAAGGGCAUCCGCGUCAAUGCCGUCGCGCCGGGACCGGUGUGGACGCCGCUCAUCCCGGCGACGAUGAACGACCGCGCGCAAAAGGAGUUUACGAGCCCGAUGGGCAGGCCGGCGCAGCCCUCCGAGAUUGCCACUUGCGUUGUCUUCCUCGCGUCGAACGACAGCUCGUGUGUCAGCGGGCAGACGAUCCACUGCAACGGCGGCGUGGUAGUCAAUGGCUGA